GCCGCGGAAGUAGCGUACCCAGGGAUUGGACGCUCCGGGUUGUAUAAUUGCGGAUGACCCCCCCAAUGUGGCCGUACCUGUAGUAUGUCUCAGGAUAAUCCGGAUGAAGAGGAAUUUAUCACUAUCCGAGUGCAGGACCCCAGACUGCAGAAUGAAGGAUCCUGGGCUUCCUAUGUGGAUUAUAAAAUCUUCCUCCAUACUAACAGUAAGGCUUUCACGGCUAAGACGUCCUGUGUGAGGAGACGUUACCGGGAGUUUGACUGGCUACGGAAGCGACUUCAGAAGAACUCUGGCUUAGUGCCAGUCCCGGCAUUGCCUGGCAAACUUCCUUUCCUCGUCGGAAACAAUGAUGAUUUUAUAGAGAGAAGGCGACAAGGACUCCAGCAGUUUUUGGAGCAGAUUGUACAGAACAUGGUUCUGCUGUCAGACAGUCAGCUGCACCUCUUUUUACAAAGCCAGCUGCCACUGUCUGAGAUUGAGGCCUGCGUAUUAGGCCACAGGCCCUACACGGCUACCGAAGCCAUUUUGAACUAUGCUAUGUCCAAUCAAGGCUGGACCCAGGAGGAGAACCCAAGCAGGUAGUGGUAGCCUGCUCCGGCACACAAAGAGGGACCACCACAUUCUGGAUACAGACCAAUGGCCAGAGAGUUUACUUCACUAUGGGACACGUUGCACUUUACUCCAUGGGGCUACUUUUCAGGCACUUUUAAUAAUAAUAAUAAUAAUAAUAAUAAUAGGUUCAAUAGACUGGGGAGGGCUGUUCUGUUGUUAGGAAUGUAUUAUUAACUCCAUGUUCUUUAUAGCAAUGGCCUCCUCUUCUCACUAACUAUUUGCACUGGUACCAGUAUGGCUUCCGCUUAUAUACAGGGAUACGUGCUUGAGUGCAAAUGUUCCAUCGCUUCAGGAUUCAAAUGGACAGACUUGCGGCUGCUAGAACGACCCCCCCCCCCCGUCAGUAUUUGCCUGAAGAUAUUGGGAGCUGCACAUCAAUAGCUGAAAGGCACAUAUUUUACUGGUUUAGAAGCCAGACAAUACUUUCUGGAAUAACUUGAACUUGAGAAGGAAUGUAGAACAGGCAGAUUAAUUCUAUAAUGUGUGGGUAGGGUGCCAUCUAGUGGUAGGAAGUGUGAUUAUUUGUUAAAGGGACAGCCCACUUUGUUACAAGUUUCUCGUGACUGUGAAAGAACAUGCAAUAGGAAAAUAGAGCGUCAACCUAGGGUCAUUCUGCAUGUUACUGACUGAAUAAAUUUUAUAUUUUAGCUAA